AUGGUUUAUCUCUCAUUCUACCCAGGAACCGCAAUGAAGACCAUAUAUGGAAUCAUAAUCCUGGUUUCGAGAUCGCGUCUGCCUUUUACAAAUGCCUUCGGAUAUCAGAGAGGGCCCGUAGAGUCUCCGUGGUCAAUACCUGUCUCGAGCCUCGAAUAUCGUCUAGGGUCAAGAUUCAAACCACGGGGCUUGAUACCUGCUGAGAUACAGUGGAAAUGUGUUUACCUCACAAGUGAGGGAAUUGGAUUAGGAUCGAUAUGA